GUUAGCAACUCGCUUGUUUGUCUCAGCCGCCGACGUCGGAAUGAGGCCAGCUACUGUUCUGCUUAUCGUCCUGGGCGCUUGCGCACUUGCGUCUGCCGAACAAAAAGCGGACGCAAUCUUUCUGAAGCGACAGCUGCAGGUACUGAACCUGCUACGUCACCUGAACCAGCCGCUGAUCGAUCCUGAACUCUUAGUCUUCAAGAACUCUUUCAGCCCACUGAAUAAUCUGAACAAGUUCAAGGACCCGACGGCAGUAAAGAACUUUCUGAAACUGGUGACCGAGGGGAAGCUACUCGAACGUGAUGCAAUCUUCAGCUUGUUCGACGCGCGCCAACGCGCCCAGAUGGUGACGCUGUUCGAGGUGCUGUAUGGCGCCACUGAUUACGAUACCUUCCUCAAGGCAGCCGCAUGGGCGCGCGACCGCACCAACCCUCGCCAGUUCCUGUACGCUUUCAGCGUGGCACUGUUGCACCGGGAAGACUGCAGGGGCGUGAUACUGCCCCCCGCGUACGAGAUCACUCCCCACAUGUUCCUUACCACCGAUGUCGUCAGGAAGGCUUACCAGGCCAAAAUGAUGAGGACGCCCACUGUGAUUCCCAUGAAAUUCACGGGAUCGGUAAACAACCCUGAGCAGCGGGUAGCAUACUUUGGAGAGGACAUCGGCAUGAACUCGCAUCACAGCCAUUGGCACAUGGACUUCCCCUUCUGGUGGAAGCAGGAAUACACAGUGGACAAGGACCGGAAGGGAGAACUGUUCUUCUAUAUGCACCAUCAGAUGGUCGCCAGGUUCGACGCCGAGCGUCUCUCAAACGACCUGCCAGCGGUGGAGCCACUGGAGUGGGACCAGCAGAUCACUGAGGGCUUUGCCCCCGCGGCGACCUACGAGAAUGGGCAGGAGUUUCCCAUGCGGCCAGAUAACAUGAAGUUCUGUGACUUGCCUUCCCUCUCAGUUCGAGAUAUGAAGAUCGUCGAGGGUCGCAUCAGGGAUGCUAUCGCCUCUUCCUUCGUCAAGACGGCCGACUCGCGGCUCCUAUCUAUCAACAACACGGCCGGCAUCAACCUGCUAGGGGAGAUCAUCGAGUCCUCAGCGAACAGUGUCAACCCUGUAUACUACGGUCAGCUGCACAACGACGGUCACGUGAUGCUGUCCAAGGUGACGGAUCCUCUCCAGCGCUACGGGGUCCCCCCUGGCGUCAUGGAGCACUUUGAGACUGCGACUCGCGAUCCUGCCUUCUUCAGGUUGCACAAACAUGUGGACAACCUCUUCAAGCUGCACAAAGACUUGCUCCUACCCUACGACGUAUCUGAGUUGGACUUUCCUGGCGUGAAGAUAGAAGCUGUUAAGGUCGUUGGCAGCUGCAAGGCCAGCACACCCAAUCAGCUGAUCACUUACUUUGACGAGUCGCACAUUGAUCUGAACAACAUUGUGGAGAACGUAGGGCAGGAGCAACCCGUGGAUAUCAAGGCAGUGGUAAGCCGACUGAACCAUGAACCCUUCAAGUACGUCAUCACAGUCAACUCCAAGAAGCCUGUAAGGGGGAUUGUCCGUAUAUUCCUUGCACCUAAGUUGAACUGGUUCGGCCAGCGAGUGCCCCUGGACGUGGCCCGUUGGGGGUUCAUUGAGUUGGACCGAUUUCCAGUUAGACUGGCGAGCGGAGACAAUAUAGUGUCACGCAAUUCUGUGGACUCCAUCAUCACCGUACCCGAGCCCAGAAGCUUCUCGAACCUUGUAAGCGAUGUCGAGAAGGCAAUACGCGGCGAACAGGUGUUCAGCUACGACAAGUAUUAUCGACACUGCGGUUUCCCUCGCCGCCUGUUGCUGCCCAAGGGAAAACCUGAAGGCAUGGUUUAUCAGCUGUACGUUGUUGUGACUGAUUAUGACAAAGACAUUGUGGAACCAGGAAUACAGCCGGAAGAUGUUGAGAACCUGAGCUCCCUUGGCUACUGCGGUGUCAUGGGUGGAAAGAUACCUGAUGGCAGGCCCAUGGGAUUCCCCUUCGAUCGACGCAUUGUGUCUCCCGAACAAUUCCUUACUCCCAACAUGGAGGUCGUGGAUAUCACUAUCAAGAACGUGAAGCAGAAGCCAGCAGAGUAGACAGCUCUUGAGAUGGUGUCCUGCCUUUAGGGAACUGAAGUAAAUGGCAUUCUACCAGUUUCCUGUCUUUCCAGAAUAUGUGACUGGAUAAAAUUGCCACAAAUGAUUACAUUUAUAGCUCUGAAAGCUUUCUUUAGUCAUUGAAUAUUUUUCUAACGUUAUAAAUAAAGUCUGGACUUUUCUGAGA